AGAUACGUUAAGCCUGAAGAGGCUGCCGUUUUCCUGAAAAGAUACUGUAGUGAUCAUUACUGAGUGUCUCUUACUUGGCAACAAGAUGGGCUUGGGAGGAAAGAAGUCUGCCAAAGCCUGAAGCCUCCAAGCUCAUAAGCAACCCAAAAUGGCCUCCCAAGAACUUGGUAAUGCAGAGCGGGGCACAGCCUCAUCUGGUGGUGCUCCAGGCAGCCAGGCAGAACCAGAGGGUGUGAAUAGUUCUGUUUAUCAGCCCAUUGAUGGAUCACAAGAUUAUCAAAAGACGGGACUACAAACCCUUGGGGCCAUCCAGAUCCUGAAUGGAGCCAUGAUUCUGGCUUUGGGUGUUUUUCUGGGUUCCUUACAAUACUUGACCCACCUUUUCCGGCACUUCUUUUUCUUCACCUUCUACACAGGCUACCCGAUGUGGGGUGCUGUGUUUUUUGUUAGUUCAGGAACCUUGUCUGUUGUAGCAGGGAGAAGACCCACAAGAGUACUGAUGCAAAACAGUUUUGGAAUGAACAUUGCCAGUGCUACAAUUGCACUAGUUGGGAUUGUUUUUCUCUCAAUAAAUUUAGCAGUUAACAUCCAGUCAAUCAAGAGUUGUCAGUCUUCAAAGUCUCCAGACUUAUGCAUUUACAUGGGCUCCUCAUCAAAUGGUCUGGUGUCUCUAAUGCUGAUCCUCACCUUGCUGGAGUUGUGCAUAACCAUCUCUGUCUCAACCAUGUGGUGCAAGGCAAACUGCUGCGAUUUUAGAGAGGCAAUUUCUUCAACUCCCAGUUCUGUGGAAUCAGAAAUGCCUCCUGAUGAAAGGAAUUCUGAGAGCAUGAAAAUUCAACCGUAAAUCUCCAAUGAGUCAGAGAUUCACUGAAGAAUUCAGGAGAAUUUGUUAUGCAGGCUAAAUGAAAAUAAAGAAAAUGUGAAAUAGCACCACAACUACUUAUAACGAUGCCACUGCUGUUGUUGGUCUUGCUGCUGCUGGAGAGAGCUGGCGGAAACCUUCACGCUUCCAUCUCGGCUCUUCCCAUGGCCUCCAGCAACUUCAGUGGCCGUCUUUUCAAGGUGGAAGUUUGAUGCUGAAACUCCUUCUGAUUUCUCAGUUCCUGAUUUGUAGAUCUGAUGAAGUACUUGUAUUUCUGAUUAAUAAAUUUUGUUUCCCUUGAUACUGAA